AUGUUGCACAGCACGGGUGAAUCAUUAUCUAAACAGCUCCAAGCCACUCAGUUAUCCUCAACAUUCCGGACAGUUUUCCUAGAGACAUGCAUUGCCGCAUAUGCAAAGAAACAUGGCAAGUCGCCUCAGGAGGCCAUGGAACAUUUUCAUCCACAUGUUCCGACUGGGAAAGAUAGCUCAGAGGCAGGAAACCUUUGUAAGGCAGAGCAAUUGAAGAUUGAAGAGAAAUACCCUGAGAGGGCCAAUGAAGUAAAGGCUUUUUAUGACAAGUUGCUCAUGCAUUAUGGGGAUGCAAUCCUACCAAAAGACGAGAGGGAAACACGACCUGAAAAGGGCUUUUACUUGCUACAAAAGCUGACUGGCAGAUAUGCUGCUCAGGCUUCUAUGCUCAGCUUGAUUUACCCUGUUGGCAUUGCCCUUGUGGGCUUCACUUCCGAUGAAGCAGUGCCACCACAAGAGUCAACCAUUGCAUUCACCAGUUCACCAUUCAUCGCUGAACUAGUGAAAGCAUUUGGAUUACCCUUCACUCAACAGGCCCCACAAAGUAUGAGGUCCCUCUAUGAUGGAGUAUCAGCAUUCAGAGCUUUCCUCCAUCACCUUGGUGAUUUCAAGGCCCCUGUGAAGUCUGAGAAUGAGGAACAUAGCAUAUCAGGCCUUAUGAAGGCUAUCAUGCAACAUGCCAAAAAAACUGUCCAUUUUAAUGAUGACUUAGAGAGGUAUCCAGGUGGCAGCAAUGUAUGCGUGAAGUCAAGGGCUAUAGAUGAGGAUAAUGUGGACUUCUAUACACCAGUGAUGAAAAACGAGGAUGGCUUCGCUAUUGAAAUCAACAAGGAGUUUGGUGAUAAAGUGGGCUCAGCUGACAAGGUGCAGGACAACUGGAAGGGUGCCAACAUUCUCCCCCUCUUACUUGAGCAUCACCUCUGA